GAUUACCUCCAGCGGGCGGACGCGGACGUGUCUCUGGAGCAGCACACCGGCGCCCACCUCGUCGUCCUGAUGGGGAUCAGCUUGGCGGGGAACUCCGUCGAGAGGGACAUCGCCGUCUACUCGAAGGACGAGGAACUGAGGCUGAGUCUCACCCAAUACCUCGAAGAAGCUCAAGGUGGCCUGCUGCAACUAGCAAGCAUGGACACGAACGUUGCACUUUGCAAGGCCUAUCAACAGAAGAACUUCACUGCCUCCAGAAAAGUCGUGUUGCCGCUGGUCAAGGAGUGGCUGGCUGCUAACAAUCUCUAAGGACUUUUUAGUGAGAUUCUGUUUGUAUAAUUAUUUGUUUAUCGAAUUAUUGUCAUUAUUGUUGUUAUGGUUGUUCUUGUUUUAUUAUUAUUGUUAUUAUUAAUGUUAUUGCUAUGAUGAUGGUGAUGAUGAUGAUGAUGAUGAUAAUGAUA